AUGCUGGACAAGGGCGGCUACCCCUACCCGAAGGGUUUCCUUCUCGGGGAAGGGACAGGAUGCGGCAAGGGAAGAAUGGUUACCGGCGUUAUGCUACACCACUGGAACAGCGGCAACCGACGAAGUAUUUGGUGUAGCAAGAAGAAAGAGCUGCUGAAGGAUGCGCAGCGAGACUUCGCAGACAUGCAGGUCCCGCGUGAAAUGCAGCUGCUGGACACCAGGACGUUCGCCACACAGCAAAGCAGCGGAGAUGCCGGCGACGGCGUUGUCUUCUGUUCGUACAGGUGGUUGGCGAACGACGACAACAGGAAGCUCCUCGCCACAUGGUUCAACGAGCCACCUGCCGCGGAGAAGGGCGAAGACGCAGUCCCCACGAACGCGGGACAAAAGAAGUAUUUCGGCAGCGGAGUGCUGGCGUUCGACGAGUGCCACGCUGCGAAGAACCAGCUUCGCGUCAAGUACCUCCCUAACGGCGACAUUUGUAAAAAAGCUAGUGAAAGCUGCGGCGUUGCAGUCGUAGAGAUGCAAAUGAGCUUGCUCAAGGAAGCCAGAGUCCUCUACGUCAGUGCCACAGCAGCGGCGGAGUUGUCGGAACUUGCUUAUUAUUCUGCGCAAAAGUAUGAGCGUCGCACUCAUGCUGAUUUGAAUGUUGCAUGAACUUGGCAAACUCAAUUCUUCUGCUACCAGUAAGAGUAACUAGCACUAGUGCGAUCAUGCUUUGUUUUGCAAUGCAUACGUGCAUGGCCCGUCUCGGCGCAUGGGAGAAAGUCGGUUUUGACCACCUCCGCAGAACCUUCGCCAUGCGGGAUGCGAGUCCCUUGGGAGGGAUGGCCGCACUCGGCUGGCAGUUGCGCACUUCCGGUGCCGCAGUAAGUCGGCGUCUCAGCCUCGAAGGCGUACAGUUCGACAUCGGGUGCGGCGGCGACCUCCACGUUGCCACGGCCGGCGAGGGCAACGGGCUGCUUGACGCCACGUUGCAUGACAAAGUCGUGGCGCUUUUUCACGACACCAGUACAUUCUUCCACGGGCUUUUGGAAAACCACGGCCCAGAGUACCUGAAAGCCGCGGAGGCGGCAAACCCUAGCCGAAGCGGCGGUGUCGCGAAUUUCCGAGGCAUAUUCACCGCGGCGCGGCAGAAGUUCUGGAAGCAGUUUGCGGCCUGCGACAAGCUUCCCGCUGCGCUGGGACUCGCACGAAGGCUGCUGGCGGAGGGCAAGCAGGUCGUCCUCGCAUUGCAGUCGACAGGAGAGGCCGCGAUGACGGACCGAGACGACACGGAUGGCGACGACGCCGGCGAUGACGUGCCCGGAGGCAAUGCCGACGACGUUGACCAAUCCUGCAGCGCUCCCUUUUCGUUGUGUGAAAGCAUCGCGGUCAACUUUCUGACAAUCUACUGCUUUGACUCGUUCGACGCAAACGAGGCCGGCCCAGAACAACGCCGACUGCUUUCCGCAACCAGCAGGAGAAAACGCGACGAACUCAUCGCUCGGUGGAAGGGCUUGAAGCUGCCCGAGAACGCGCUUGACCACAUCCUGAACUCGCUUGGGGGACCGGAAAAGGUCGCGGAGAUCUCGGGCCGGAAGCGGAGGCUCCUCUUGAAGACCGAGGGCGAAGCUUCCGGUGAUAAAUUCUCACGCUACGAAAGCGCCAGCCGGCCAGCGAAUGCGAGUCUAAAGGAGAUCGAAGCGUUUCAAGCGGGGCAAAAGCGGGUGGCCAUUAUUACCGCUGCUGGAUCGACGGGCGUGUCGCUGCACGCCCACAAAGCUGACUCGCGGGCACGGCACAUGAUUAUUCUGGAGCUUCCCUGGUCUUCCAUGGAGUUCACGCAGCAAAUCGGCCGAGUGCACAGGUCGGGCCAGGCGCACCUGCCUGCGUACACGCUGAUCACGUCCAGUUUUUCUGCGGUGGAAGCUCGGUUUGUGUGCGCCCUGGCGCGGCGCAUCAAACUGCUGGGCGCCUUCACUCGGGGG